AUGGCUUCUAAAGACAUCGCUGCUCCGUGUUUCCCCAGCCUAUCCAGAGAACUUACAGACAGCAUCAGGAAGUUUGUUGACAAGUCGACGAUCAAGUUUGCUCGUGGUGUCAAGCUUGAAACCAAAAAUGGCAAAUCAGAAGACAGGAUUCUGGUCAUCGCCACGUGGAGACUGUAUCUUAUGGCGACAAAGGUGCCAACUAAGGUGGAGACCACGUUUAAUUUCCUGGAAAUUCGAGCCAUGAACACGCAUUCCGAGAUGCAAGUUGUCAUAGAAACCGACAAGUCUACCUAUUCCCUCAGGCUGCAGUCACGUGACCACUGUGAUCACAUGAUCAACCACAUCAACUUUGCCUUGUCACGGAUAUUCAACAACUCGGUGUUUGCUCCUUCGCUCUGUCACUCAGACAGUGAUUUGUCAGAUGGAAGUAGGAAGUACUCUCCGAGCUCAGACACAUCAGUAGAGACACAGAGAGCUUGUGGUGGCUUCUCUGAGACAUAUGCUGCUCUCUGUGAUUAUAACAGUAUCAGCUGUAAAGAAGAGGUGCAGUGGGAUGUGGAUACCAUCUAUCAUUCUCAAGACAACCGUGAGUUCAAUCUACUGGACUUCAGUCACUUGGAGAGUAGAGAUCUGGCAGUCAUUGUUGCAUCCAUGGCCUACAAUACAUGGUUCACCAAACUCUACUGCAAAGACAUGCGCAUCGGGUCAGAAGUCAUUGAGCAGGUCUUACACACGCUCAGUAAGUCCUCCAGUCUGGAAGAGCUGACGCUGGAGAACGCAGGACUCAAAUCUGACUUUCCUCAGAAGAUGUCUGUUGCAUUGUCGGAGAAUCCAGCAUCAGUGAUUCACUCUCUCAAUUUGGCACAUAACACUUUGGACAACCAAGGUGUGUGCAAUUUGAUCCAGCAGGUGUGUCGUCUUAGCAAAGGACUCCGUCUCCUUAAUCUGUCCAAAACAUCGCUCUCAUCCAAAGGUGUGGUUUCUCUCUCUCAGGCUCUGUGCUCGAAUGAUGAUUACUCAAACUCACUCCUGCAUUUGGACCUGAGCAAGAACCCUGGCAUAUUGUCCGGAGAGGACGCAACGCAUCUGCAUAUGUUCCUGUCACAGCCCAACUGUUUAGUCCACUUGGACCUAUCAGGCACAGACUGUUGUGUGGACUCACUGUUUGGGGCUCUGCUCCGGGGCUGCUGCGCUGACCUUUCUUACCUCAACCUCUCGAAAAACUCCUUUGCUCACAGGAAGGUGAAGGAGACUCUGCCGUUGUUCCGUCAGUUCUUCAGCUCUGCAUUCAGUCUCACACACGUCAGUUUGGCCUCCAUGAAGCUGCCGCUGGAAGCCCUCAGAAAUUUGUUCUUAGGUCUGACCAACAACCCCCAUAUCAAUGACAUGCAUCUCGACAUCAGCAGCUGCGAGCUACGAUCAGCUGGAGCUGCUGUUAUACAGGACUUGUUUCCACGAAUCACGUCCAUUGCUACGCUGGACAUCUCAGACAACGGGUUUGACGCGGAUCUGCUGACUGUUUUUACUGGUUUGUCCAGACAUCCUUCGCUCCGACACCUCCACCUGGGCAAAAAUUUUAACAUCAAGAGCAGGGUGCUGGAUGAAAUUCUGCACAAACUGGUCCAACUAAUACAGGAGGAAGAGUGUGUUCUGCAGUCUCUGUCCCUGGGAGACUCUCGUUUGCGUUCACGUGGGACAGUGCUGGUGAACGCUCUGGGCAGCAACACCUGCCUCAGGAAAGUGGACCUAAGUGGGAACGGGCUGGAGGACAUUGGUGCCAAAAUGCUUAGCAAAGCCCUACAGAUCAACACCACACUACGGAGUGUGACCUGGGACCGGAACAACACCACCGCUGCAGGGUUCAUGGACGUAGCACGAGCUCUAGAACAUAAUUUCACUUUACAGUACAUGCCUAUCCCCCUGAGUGAUGUUACUCAAGCGUAUCGAAGCGCCCCAGAAAGGACAGAGCAGGCGCUUACCAAGAUUCAGAGAGCUUUACUGAGGAAUAAUCAAACACAACGCUUCUCCCAGAGGCAAGCACUACGCUUACACCAAGGCUUAGUGACCAGCACUGCUGAGCAGGUGAUGGAGCGGUUGUGUGUACGGGUGCAGCAGCAGGUGUGUGUUCUCCGAGGUGCAGCAGAUGCGGAGGAAAUUCAAGCAGCUAAACAGGUCUUGAAGGAGGCUCGCAACUCUCGUGCGCUCUACCCAUCUCUGUGUGAGUUGGCUCAUGUUCUCUCGGUUGAUGGACCAGUCAGACAGAGACUAGACUCACUGGCUGGGGAACUGGCCAAGGCUGCAGAUAAAGAACUGCAGGUGAUUGUGGACUCGAUGGUGUCUCUGUGCCAGGAGCUGUGUCCGCUGUCCUCAGUGGCGGCAGAGCGACUGAGUCCUCCUUUGUCCUCUGUUUCAGAACGAGUGUCAAUCCCUCGUUCAGCUAUCCGCACUGCGCUGAUGGAGAGAGCGGCACAAGACAUUCAUCGGGCAUUAGAGGAGGUCAAACUAUCCGUGGUGUCGUAUCUCACCAACUCAAUCGUGGAUCAGAUCUUACAGGAGCUCUACUCUACUCACAAAGCUCUGACACAACAGGUGUCUCAGAUGAAACAGUGGGAUGGCCUAUGUGAUGGCGGCACAGGUCGAAGAUCACACAGACACAGAGACUCACUCGAGAUCACUGAUGAGGAGCUGGGCACGAGCAUUGACACAAUUGCCAUUAAGAAGCGCAGCGCCAGGACCAGACGAAUCAGACCUGUUUCCACUAGACUGAGUUUGUGUGAUGACUCCAGCUUGUCUCCUCCCAACUCAGGCGCACAACUCUCCUCACCCCUCUCUUGCUCGGCAUCAUGGGAGGACUUAUCUGCCUUGCCAACUCAGGGUGCACCCCUGCUUCAUGUGACCCGGGUCAGGCCGAGGCCUCCGCGAAGGCACAGAGGAGGCAUCCUUUCGUCUGAUUCGCACUGUACUGAAAAUGGAUCUGUCACUCCGUUAGAUGAUGGACUGCCUGAUUUUUACAGCAAACGAGUUCUACCUGAUAGUCAGUUAUCCUCCCUUCACAAGGCUCACUCCCUCCGGCGAAAGAAGAGACGCAACAUGCUGUCUAUCUUUGGUUUCCGUAGGAACCGGAAUUCCACAAUGUCCAAUCAGGAGUCGGAUUCAGUGGGUGUAGUCUGUAGCGAGGAUUGUCGGACCGUUGCCAUGGCUCCUACUGGGAAUGCCCUUGAGAAUGUCUACACUCUUCUCCAGCCCCCCAGGAUACCUGGUAGAAGUGGCUGCCCAGGUGAAACUGAUAGGAAUGUAGAGGACCAGAAAAUGGAUGAACCCAGAGGAGGGAUGAUGGAGAUACGCUCUGUCCAGGGAAUGCCACUCUCCACAUUCAGGACAAACAAACAUCCCUUUUAUACUGGCAAAAUGAAAUCUGAGAUGGAGCCUGACCAUGACCCAUCCUCAGGAACAGCGGACAGAGAGAUUGACAGGCAGACAUUACAGCCAGGAGACAGACAAGCGAGCUGGGAGACAGACAGGCAAAGGGAAAUCGACAGAGAGCUUGAUUGGCAAAAUCUCAGGAAAUCUGAGAGUGAGACAGAUGGGCAAACUCUAAGACACAUAAACAGAGAAUUGGAAAGGCAAGUGUCAAGGCAGACAGACAAAACCUCAGAGAGAGAAGCAGACAGGCAGACCCUGAGGAAGACAGAAAAUGAGCUAGACAGACAAACAUCAAGGCAGAUAGAUAAACCCGCUGAAAGAGAGUUAGACAGACACACUUUGAGACAGAUCGACAGGGGGCUAGACAGGCAGACACUAUGGAAGGCAGAGAGAGAGUUAGAUAGACAGGCUCUGAGACAGAUAGACCGAGAUUUAGACAGGCAAAGUCUAUGGAGGGCAGACAGGCAUUCAGAGAGGGAGGUGGACAGACACACACUGAGGCAGAUCGACAGGCAGGCUGAGGUUCAACAGAAACAGUGGUUAGAGACACGAAAAGGUGCAGAGAGGAAGUGGGCGGAGCCAAAGCAACAGACGGACACACAGUGGACGGACCUAAGGCAGGUGGACAGGCAGUCUGAGAGGCAAUGGAUGGACAGACAGAUAGACAGACAUACACAUGGGCAGCACAGGAUACCAUCCCCCAUUGCUGAGAAAGAAAUCUGCACAGAUGCACAUAAGCAAAUGCACUGUGAAGCAUCUAUAAUCACAGACACACACUCUGAUUCAGGCUCCUGGGAGCAGCUGAUGGAAAGAAGCCCACCCUCAGAUCCACAAAUGGAACACCGGACUGAGCCGUGUCCAUCAGACGAGCAAUGUAGAGGGGUAGGCACCAGAGUGGCAUCAGUGGGGCGUCACAUUCUGUGCCCAUCCAAACCAGAGCCACCUCCACAGAGCAGCAAGCCCAGUUUAUCCAAACUCAGACAGAGGCCUCUGCAGGAGAGCUCAGGUACCGAGGAUAAACUUGGAGAGAGCAAUAUUUUCCGAGUGGAAAGGAAAGACAAAGAUGGAGAGAUGGACCGGGUCAGAGAAACAGAGGCACACCAUCCUCCAAUCCCAGCAAAGCCAAAGACUGCUCCGUAUGUGCUGUCCCCCACCGAAUCAGCCAGUGACAGGAAGAUCCUGCCAGCUACACCCCCAGCCUCCACAAAACCUACCUUAGGGCUGACUGAACGUUCUCAUACUCAAGGUGAGGAGUGUGUGAGGCCACAGGCUCCAAUCAAACCACAGAGGAACAGAAAAGCUCUGUCCUGUGACACAGGCACAGACAGGGACAGCCCUAAUAACCUGGAGAAGCCCCCAAUCCCUCGCAACCCCCCUGUGAAAAAACCUAGAGCCCCCCAGAACAGAAACCAAUCCCUGGACCACCCUGGUACUGUGUGUGUAUCGAAGGCCACCUAA